CAUACCCUUUUGACCGAUUGGUUGAUUGCUUGUAAGGAAACGCUGAGGACAGCUAUACAGAUAUAGAGCUGGAAUAUAAGACAUUCACAUCAUGUUCUUGACGAGGUCGGAGUAUGACCGUGGGGUCAACACAUUCUCUCCGGAGGGGCGUCUAUUCCAAGUCGAGUACGCAAUGGAGGCCAUCAAGCUCGGUUCAACAACAGUUGGUAUCACUACCCCGUAUGGGACUGUUCUAGCUGUUGAGAAACGAGUCCCUUCCCCGUUGAUCGAGUCCUCUUCUAUCGAGAAGAUCAUGGAGAUCGACGCGCACAUAGGGUGCGCCAUGUCUGGUCUGACGGCGGAUGCAAGGACGAUGGUCGAGCAUGCUCGUGUGACAAGUCAAAUGCACAACUUUACGUACGAUGAGAAGAUAGGUGUGGAGAGCUGUACGCAGGCUGUCUGUGAUCUGGCGUUGAGAUUUGGAGAGAGUGUGGAAGAUGACGAUGCGUUGAUGUCAAGACCGUUUGGAGUCGCAUUGUUGAUUGCUGGUAUUGAUGAAAAGGGACCGCAGCUAUAUCACGCUGAUCCGUCCGGCACUUUCACCCGAUACGACGCCAAGGCUAUUGGCUCUGGAUCAGAUGCAGCACAGCAGUCACUUCAGGACUCUUUCCACAAGCAAAUGUCACUGAUAGAGGCUCACACCCUGGCAUUGAAGGUACUCAAACAGGUCAUGGAGGAGAAGGUCGAUGAGAACAAUGUGCAACUGGCUCAAGUGACUCCUGAGAAAGGCUUCACGAUCCUCGGUGAAGACGAGCUAAAACGAGUUAUUGAGGGUUUGGCAGCCUAGAUUGAUAACGCCAUGAGCAUUCUGCGAUUCACCUCAUGAUCAUGCAUAAGGCUUUCAUA